CGGAACCCACUCGGCCCAUACACCGCUCUCUCCUCCGACCCCUCCAAACAGAGCUACCCCGCCGCCACUGCUCUUCCGCCGCGCAUUCCGACGCCACCUUCACCACCCUCACCGCCACCCCGCCGCCACCGCUCUCUCCUCUCACCAACGCCACCUUCACCGCCCUCUCGCCGUCUUGCAUCCGACCGUCGCCGCCGUAAAUCGAUCCACGCCACCGCCAUCUAGCCGCCGCUACGCUCCGACCCCGCCACCGCGCUCUCGCCACCCCGCCUCGUAGCCACGCCACCACCGCGCUCCGACCGCCAUCUAGCCGCUACGCUCCGACCCCGCCACCCCGCAUCGUAGCCACGCCACCACCGCGCUCCGACCCCGCCACCGCGCUCUCGCCACCCCGCAUCAGACCCAGUCGUGGCCACGCCACCACCGCGCUCUCGCCGCGACGCAUCCGACCCGACACGCGCCACCGCCCUCUCGCCGCCGCCGCGUAUCCGACCUAAUCUGAGCCACGCCCUCGCCCUCGCCGCUCGAACGCCAUGGAGGCGCCGUACCGCCAGCCGACGUCCCUGGAGGAGGUCCGCACGCUCUGGAUAGGCGGCCUCAAGCACGGGGUCGACGAGAGAUUCCUCUACGAGUGCUUCGCCCUCACCGGCGAGGUACACUCUGUAAGAUUGAUACACAACAGAAUUACAGGAUCUCCUGAAGGUUAUGGAUUCAUAGAGUUCAUUUCACAUGAAGCUGCUCAGAAAGCUCUUCAGAGUUACAAUGGUGCACGAAUGCCCGGAACCGAGCAUAGAUUCAGAUUGAACUGGGCAUCUUUCGGCUGUGGUGAGACGCGUCCUCAUGAAGGAGCCGACCAUUCGAAUGGUCCAUAUUGCUCAGUCAGACAAACACGGAUAAGUGCUGCAGAUCCUAAGAUACUCUAUGGAUCUCAUCUUCAUGAUGGAGAUGCUAAAGGCAAAGAAGCGGUCAUUCCAUCUGUUGGAAAAAUUAACAGGAAAAUCGUUUGUGAUGCAUAUGAGAGGCGUCCUCAUGCAGGAGCUGACCAUUCAAAUGGUGGAUUUUGCUCAACCACCCCUUUGCAGAUAAGUGCUGCAAUUCCUAAUACAUCUGCUGGAUCUCAGCUUCAGAAUGGAGCUGCUAAAGCGAUGUACCCAGCAGCAGCUUAUACAAUUCCACAGGUCCAAACUGCCCUACCAGAUAGUAAUCUUACAAAGACCACUAUAUUUAUUGGCAACUUAGAUCCAAAUGCUACAGAAGAAGAGCUGAGGCAGAUAUGUGUGCAGUUUGGGGAUCUUAUACGUGUAAAGAUUCCAGUUGGUAAAGGAUGUGGAUUUGUAGAAUUUGCAUCUAUGGUAUCAGCUAAAGAGGCUAUUAAACGCCUACAUGGCACAGUGAUUGGUCAGCAAGUCGUUAGGUUGUCAUGGGGCAGGAGUCCUGCCAGUAAGCAGGUUGAGGGAGCAACUGGGAUGGCAUCAGCAGCUGGGAGCCAUAUCCCAGGGAUGGAGCAGAACAAGAUGUAUGAUCUAGUGAACUUACCUGACAUUGACAAGGGGGUUAAGGUUGUCACAUAUCCAGAUACUGCGGGAUCUGAAGGAUAUGGAUUCAUAAAGUCUGCAGCUGAAAAUGAGAAGAUCUGUGCAGUGACAGAAACGAAUGGUGCAUGUUGCUCAACCAGACCUAUGCAGACAAGUGCUGUAAUUCCAAAGGCAUCUUCUGGAUCUCAGCAUCAGGAUGGAGCUGCUAAAGAGUUUCUUGAGGUUAAAGUGGGGACUUUGUCCUUCCGUGUCAAGGAUCUUGUUUCACUUCCUCUAAAGAUUGGGUCAGUGUCAGCGCACCCAACUGUCUUACUGGAGAUAAAUAAUAAGAGAAGAAGAAGAAGAAAAAGAAGAAAAAGAAGAAAAAGAGAAAGAAGACAACUGGUUCUGCUUCUCCAAGGAAAAAUUCUCUUUCACCCUCAUCUACACCCUCAUCUACGCCCUUAUCUACUCAAUCUACCGUUGGUUCUUCGGCUCCACCGUGGGGAGGAUUUUUACCAGUUUGGAGUGUUCCGUGGUCAGGCUUACCAUGUGGCUGUCCAUGGCCAGUUUUGCCAGGGGAUGCCUUGAACAUAGAACCAACACAAUAUGGGCUGCACAGUAUGUUACCUGAUGAGCCCAAUGAGAUACUGGCUUCUUUUAAGCCAUGGCUGCAGAGAUUCUAUGGCUAUGGAGGCACGGUCCCCUGUCCUCGUGAUUUAGUUCCUUUAGAAGAAUUCAAGAAAAAAUGUCCUCUUAGUGAACCUUAUGUCCUCCAUAAUUUGAAAGAGAUCGGAGUGACCACCAAUAGUGG